AAAGCCCCGACCUCUCCAAGCACGAUUUCCUCGGCCAGGCUUUCUGCACCCUGGGGGAGAUCGUGGGCUCGGCCGGCAGCCGCCUGGAGAAGCCCCUGACGUGAGCCCCCGUGCCUCGGUUUCCCCCCCCUGGGGGGGGUGGGGGGGGGGCCCUGUGCUGGGCUGGCUGCCCGGUGUCCCCAUGUCCCCCCCCCCCCCCAGUGCUGGCAGGCGCCUGGGUCCUUAUCCGGGUGUCCAGGAUGGAGACCAGACCCCGGUGCCGACAGCCCUGGCUCCGGGCUGCCCCGGGCUCCCCGUCUCCCCUACCCUGCCUCAGUUUCCCCAUGGGGGGGCUCUGUUUUCUUUUUUGGGGGGGGGGGGGGUGUCAGGUGUCCCCUCCAUCACCCCUUGGUCUGUGUCCCAGCAGGAUGGGGACGGUCACCACGCACGCUCGGGGCAGGAGACCCGCUCCAGCUGUCUCCAAUGGCGGCAUCCCCGGGAAGAAGUGCGGCACCAUCAUCCUCCUCGCUGAAGAGCUGGGCAACUGCCGGGACGUGGCCACGCUGCAGUUCUGCGCCAACAAGCUGGACAAGAAGGAUUUCUUCGGGAAAUCCGACCCCUUCAUGGUCUUCUACCGCAGCAACGAGGACGGGACCUUCACCAUCUGCCACAAGACGGAGGUGGUGCGGAACACGCUGAACCCGGUGUGGCAGGCGUUCGCCAUCCCGGUGCGCGCCCUCUGCAACGGCGACUACGACCGAGCCAUCAAGGUGGAGGUGUAUGACUGGGACCGCGAUGGCAGCCAUGACUUCAUCGGGGAGUUCACCACCAGCUACCGGGAGCUGGCACGGGGACAGAGCCAGUUCAACGUCUACGAGGUGGUGAACCCCAGGAAGAAGAUGAAGAAGAAGAAGUACCUGAAUUCGGGGACGGUGACACUGCUGUCCUUCGCGGUGGAGUCUGACCACACCUUCCUGGACUACAUCAGGGGCGGGACCCAAAUCAACUUCACGGUGGCCAUCGACUUCACCGCAUCCAACGGGAACCCCUCGCAGUCCACCUCGCUGCACUACCUGAGCCCCUACCAGCUCAACGCCUACACCAUGGCCCUCAAGGCGGUGGGCGAGAUCAUCCAGGACUACGACAGCGACAAGAUGUUCCCGGCCCUCGGCUUCGGCGCCAAGAUCCCGCCGGACGGACACGUGUCCCACGAGUUCCCGCUGAACGGUGACGCGGCCAACCCGGCGUGCAGCGGCAUCGAGGGCGUCCUGGAGGCGUAUCACCGCAGCCUGCGCAGCGUCCAGCUCUACGGACCCACCAAUUUCGCCCCCGUGGUCAACCACGUCGCCCGCUCAGCGGCGGCAGUGCUGGAUGGGUCCCAGUACUUCGUGCUGCUCAUCAUCACCGACGGCGUCAUCUCGGACAUGGCGCAGACCAAGGAGGCCAUCGUCAACGCUGCCAAGCUCCCCAUGUCCAUCAUCAUCGUGGGGGUCGGCCAGGCUGAGUUCGAUGCCAUGGUGGAGCUGGACGGUGAUGACAUCCGCAUCUCCUCCCGCGGCAAAGUAGCCGAGCGUGACAUCGUGCAGUUCGUCCCCUUCCGUGACUACAUGGACGGGGGGGGCAGCCCAGUGCUGAGCAUGGCGCGACUGGCCAAGGACGUCCUGGCCGAGAUCCCCGACCAGUUCAUCUCCUACAUGAAGGCGCGGGGCAUCAAACCCCAGCCAGCACCCCCCAGCCCCGACCCCCCCGACCCCCCGCUGCCCCCCCAGCCCUGACCACCCCCUCGCCUGGCACCCCACAUCCCCCCCACCGCAACCCCCCAGGCUUGGAUGUUUUCCAAGCCCCACUCACCUUCCCUCCCCCCCCCCCUUUCCUUUUUCAAGGGAUAAAAGACAGUAGGAUCCUGCCAGGGCCCUGGGGGGGCUCCCCCCCCCAACCCCCAUAAAACACCUUUUCUGGGGUUCCUGGGGGGGGGGGGGGGGGAAGUGGAGGGACCUUUGCUGGUGUUAGCUGUGGCAGCCCCCCCCCCCCCCCCCCCCCCCCGAAGUGGCUUGUCCCCAUCCUGGCACACCCCAGACUGGUGCCAAGGGCCGUAUCCUGCCCCCUAAAAAAAGGAGCAGGGUGGUCCUCAGCCCCGCCCCCCCCCCCCCCCCCCAAAAUUUUUGAGCACAGACCCAGGGUGGGCAGGAGCCCCCCUGCCCCCACCUGCCCUUUUCAAACACACCCACCCCCCCCCCCAGAGCGUGGGGUCCCCUCCGGUGGCCCUGGUGACAUUCAGAGCAUCCCCAGCCCCCAGGAGUGACGCAUGCCCCACCCCCCUCACCCCCCCCACGGCCCCCCCAGACCCAUAAGCUCCCCCAUCCUCCUGCAGCGAGUGCCAGCUGCUCCGGGGGGCGGGGGGGGGGGGGGGGGAGGUCCCAGAUCCUUUUUUGUGUGUGUGUGUGUGUGUGUGUCCCUUCACUUUUCUACUUGCAUGGACGGUCCCUCUCCGUGCCCCCCCCCGCCCCCCCACUGUCACGUGUGCGUCUGCUGUGGGUUUGUAUUGAGUUGCCUUAAACCAGAAUAAAUUAUAGUCUUUUUAAUUACCGCCGCCCCCGGGGCCCCUCCAGCACUACCCCUGCAAGGGGUGACCCCCCCCUCCAUCCCUGUCCCCCCCGUCCCUCCCCCCCCCCCCCCCCCCCGACACAGAAGGGCACACAGGGUCUGUUUUGGCUUUAUUUCUAAUAACCCAAAUAUUGCAAAUAUACAGAAAAAUACCAGUACAAAGUUAUAACACAUCCAGGUUUAUUUACAGGACUCUGCACUGGCCUUGGUGUGUCCGUCCCCCCCCCACCUCCCGUCCCCAGCCAGGCCGGGGGGGGGGGCCGGGGGGGGGGCACAGGGCUAUGGCUUUUCGUUAGGGGGUUACGCUCUGUCCCCACGCUGAAGCACAUGCAAGAGGUGCUGGGCCCCCCCCCCCCCCCCCCUUCAUCCCACCGGCGGUCGUGCCAUGCCGGGGGGGGGGCGGGGGGGGCAGCAGGCUUUGCCCAAUCCCUGGGGCGAGAGCGGAAGCCACGUGUCACGACAGCACGGCCGUAUCGCGAUUAGCCGUGGUGGGUCGUGAGGGGUUGAGGGGCGGGGGGGGGGGCAGGGGGGGGGCCGGGAUGGUCUGUACCCCCUCCUCCUAGUGCACCCCCCCAUCCCAAUGCACCCUGUGCCCCAGUUUGAGGGGGGGGGGGUGUGUGUCAGGCAAAGCCCCUGCAUCCCAGCGGGGGGGGGUGUCACAAAAAAACCCCCCCGCACCCUGGCUGGGAGGUGGGGGGCUGUUGUAUCCAUGUUCCCCCUCCCCCCCAAAAAAAAGGGGAUUUCCAGUGUAAGGAGACUGUAACAGUGCUGGGACCAGAACCUGGCAGGGUGCAAGCAGGGGAGGGGCCGGGGGGGGGGGGUCUGGGGCUGAGCCACCCCCCCCCCCCCCGCAGCCCCUUGG